AUGGUGGAUUUAAGGAAAUAUUCGCCCCAAGGCACAUUGGAAAGAAGCUUCGUAUGGCAUUUUUACACAGAUAAUAGGACACCAAAGGGAGACUUAGUACCAAUUCUGGAAUUUGAAGUUGAAACCAUUGACAAUAAUGACCAAAUUCAACAAUAUAUGAUUAAUAUUAAAUUAGAAUGCCUCUUUCAUGGAAUUCCAUCAACUUUCCAAACAUCUUCAUCAAUUCCUAAUCCUCUUAUCAUAGAUUUUUAUCACAUUUUAUGUGCUAUGAAAGGGGAACUUGAGAUUUUAUAA